AGGCUUUACAGAGACAGUAUGAGUAUGAGGAACCCAUAGCCAGAGGUGGCAAACAGCUGCUCCACAGUCCUUUCUUCAAGGUGUUGGUGGCACUUGCAUGUGACCUGGAGUUGGACACUCUUCCAUGCUGUGCUGAGACACACAAGUGGGCUUGGUUCCGCCGCUAUUGUACCGCCUCAAGAGUGUUAGUGGCUCUAGACAAGAGGACGCCUUUGCCCCGUCCUUUCCUGGAUGAGGUGGCAAAGAAAAUCUGUGAGCUCAUGGCAGACUAUGAGAACAUGAACACACUCCAUGAGAGUCACGACCUGUUUAAGAGGGAGCAGGAUGAGCAGUUAGUUCAGUGGAUGAACAGACGACCAGAUGAUUGGACACUCUCAGCCGGCGGCAGUGGGACCAUCUACGGCUGGGGACACAAUCACCGGGGUCAGUUAGGUGGUAUUGAAGGAGCAAAAGUCAAGGUUCCAACACCAACAGAAGCUCUAGCCACACUGCGACCUGUUCAGCUGAUCGGUGGAGAGCAGACCCUGUUUGCUGUAACCGCUGAUGGGAAA